AGCAAUUCCACUUCCAGUUGUUCAAUAAAUUCUUCACAAUCGUGACUAUGGCAGGCUAUCACCUCCCCGUCGACCUCAAGCAGUUCAAGAAGCUCAAGCUCGAUCCCACGAGCAAGCAGCUCACCGACCAGCAGAAGAGCGACCUGCUGCACAACAUCAACGUCUUCCGCGAUGCCAUCGUCGCCUUCACAGCGACCGGCGCCGCCCGAGGCCAAGCAGGCCACACCGGAGGGCCCUUCGACACAGCCCCCGAAGUCUGCAUCCUGCUAGGCUUCCUCAACGCCAACCCGUCCGGCUUCUACGACGCCAUCUUCGACGAAGCCGGCCAUCGCGUCGCAACACAGUACCUCCUCGCCGCACUAGACGGUAAAAUCGAACCAGACCACCUCCUCAACUACCGCGACGCCAACUCCAAACUCCCCGGCCACCCCGAACUCGGCCUCACCCCAGGCGUGAAGUUCAGCUCCGGCCGCCUCGGACACAUGUGGGCCAUGGUCAACGGCAUCGCCAUGGCAAACCGCGACAAGGCCGUCUUCCUGCUCGGCUCGGACGGGUCCCAGCAGGAAGGGAACGACGCCGAAGCCGCCCGCAUCGCCGUGGCAAAGGACCUGAACGUCAAGGUCUUCGUCGACAACAACGACGUCACCAUCGCAGGCCACCCAUCGCAGUAUCUAAAGGGGUACGAGCUCGAACGUACCCUGUCCGGCCACGGACUCAAGGUCCUACGCGCCCAAGGCGAGAACAUCGACUCGCUCUACAGCGCCAUGGUCGAGACCAUCAACACCCCCGGCCCAGCGGCUGUCAUUGUCGACCGCAAGAUGGCGCCGGGAAUUGAAGGCAUCGAGGGCAAGACGCACGCGCACGACGUCGUCCCCGUCGACAUUGCACGCAAGUAUCUCACCAAGCGCGGGUACGCUGCCGAGUCGCUCGCCUUCUACGACCAGAUCAAGGCCGCCAGUAACCCGCACCAGUAUCUUGGCUCGACGAAGGAUAAAGGCGGGAACCGGGUUAUCUUCGGCGAGGCCGUGAACGGUGUACUGGACGGACUGAGCAAGGAAGAAGCCGCGAAGCGCGUUAUGGUCAUCGACUCGGAUCUGGAAGGUUCAACGGGUCUGAAAGGUAUCCACCAGGCUCACCCAGAGGUAUACGUUUCGUCUGGAGUGAUGGAGCGCGGAAACUUCAGCGCCGCGGCAGGAUUUGGUUUUGGAAGUGACGGCUCGCGACAGGGCGUGUUCUCGACCUUCUGCGCGUUCAUCGAGAUGUGUAUCUCCGAGAUCACGAUGGCGCGGUUGAACGGGUGUUCGGUGCUCUCUCACUUCUCGCAUAGCGGCGUGGAUGAGAUCGCUGACAACACAUGCCACUUUGGGCUGAAUGCCUUCUUCGCUGAUAACGGGCUGAUGGAUGCCGAGAGCACGGGGCUUUACUUCCCUGCUGACGGCGAGCAGAUGAAGGCCGUUGUGCGCAAGGUCUUCUUCAACAAGGGGCUGCGGUUUAUCUUCUCGACGCGCUCCAAGGUCCCUUACAUCCUGAAGGAGAACAGCGAGGAGAAGCUGUUCGGUGGGGACUACGAGUUCGUGCCUGGUAAGGAGGAGUACAUCCGCCGCGGAAAGGCCGGGUAUGUUGUCUCCUACGGUGACAUGCUCUACCGCUCUCUGGACGCCGUUGAGCGUCUGCGCAAGGACGGUCUUGACGUGGGAUUGAUCAACAAGCCAACUCUGAAUGUGGUGGAUGAGCAGGCGAUCAAGGAUUACGGAUCCAGUCCGUUCGUUGUGGUUGUCGAGUCGUUGGCCCAGAAGACCAGUCUUGGUUCGAGGCUGGGCAGCCACCUGCUUGACCGUGGUCUGAAGCCACGAUACCGCAUGAUGGGUGCAGUCAAGGAAGGCUGCGGUGGUCUGUUUGAGCAGAUCAAUGCCCAGGGCUUGGGACCUGAUGAUAUCGUGCGUGUUGUGAAGGAGGCUGCUGGCAAAUAAACGUUUAUGAAAGACAAAGACUACUUCAAUAAUGAAGGAAUGAUAAGAAUUGUACGUUAGAUAUGAAUAUUGCUGUUAUCAGAGGUAGCUAGACUAUCUAAUUCUGAUUUGCGUUCACAACAUUCUGAAUAACCUGCUUGAUACCCUCUUUAUCCAGCUGCUGGAUACCCAGUAACUCAUUGUCCGGCUCUUUAAACAGCCCACCUGUCUCAGCUCCCCAGAUAGCCUUGUAAAUGAACGGCAAUAUAGUCCCAUGGUUAAAGACCCCCUGCUUAAUCAAUCCCAACGCCUUCUGAGCCUCGGCCUCCGUAUCCGGCUCCGUGAUUGUCCAUCCAUCGCCCCCAACAACCUCCUUCGACAGCUCCAACACGUCCUUCAGCGUCGAAACCGCCUCACUGACUCUAACAACCCGAUUCUUCGUCUCCUCGGGCUUACUCAACACACCUACAACGGCCUUCCCAACCGCAGCCAGUGUAGUAGUACUAUAAAGCCUCUC